CCGCCCAGAACAGAAUAUAUCAGGUGAGUCUCUAAUGUAUACUACAUACUAAGAUCCUAGGUUAGCUAACCCAUAAUGCAGUCCAAAAAGUCACGGCGCUGCAUUUGCACCGCUCCCCUCGUGGCAAGAUGAGGAGGAAGAUAGGAGACCCCUAACUCAAUACACCAACCAACCGUACCGCCCGCUCCCCGAGCCGCCGCUGCCGCAAGCGCAAUCUGGCAUGGCACCUGCAAGGACUGCCCCAACAAACCGUGGCUUCUCCCAGCCGUUGCGCUAUCACCCGCCCACCGUGCGUCUAGUUCCUCCUAUGGGCGUAGGAACAGGACUCACCCCCGUCGCGGAAGAAGAGAACCCGUACGACCAGGAUAGCGCCAGCGAGUCUGACCGUAGUAUCGGCCGAGGCCCGACGCCGUCCGAGAUCGACGACUUCUCGCGCGCGUAUAUGAAUGCGGGCAUCGGCACCCAAGAGCUCGAGGAGGACCGGCAACUACUUACCGACGGUGGAGCUCUGCGCUACGGCGCCGAGUCCCCGGGCGGAAGCCAUAGUCCCCCCAGGGGCAAUGGUAUGGGGAAUAGGCCGCUGUGGCAGCAGAAUCGGCAGCAGGGGAGGAAUUUAAUGUGGUUGUAAUAGAGGUGAUAAUUAUUAAUCUGCUGCAGACGUGCAUACGUAUAUAAUGUCUUUUUUUCUCCUAUUCGUUAAGAAUCGGAUAGUUACGCUUUGGUUUUUUUU